CCAAGAUCUCCACUAGCUCACAGCGUGGUUUCUAUUCUUGUGUUUCUCCUCGCUAGCCAGUUUUCACAGCUGAAACACCCCGACAAGAUGCAACCGAUCGUGUGGCUGCUGGGUGGGGCGAUAGCCCUCCUCGUGGUUGUCCUCCGUGCAGCCUGGACCUAUGGACACCGAACCAAGGACAUGCCUAGCGGGCCUCCGACACUACCCUUCAUUGGCAAUGCGCAUCUCAUCCCCAAGUCUUACACGCACAUUCAAUUCACCGCCUGGGCCCGCCAGUAUGGCGGCCUGUACAUGCUCAAGGUGGGCAACAGCAACAUGGCGGUGGUGACCGACCGCCGCAUCGUCAAGGAAGUGCUGGACAGCAAGAGCUCGCUGUACAGCCACCGACCGCAUUCGUUCGUCUCACACGAGCUCAUCACUCAGGGCGACCACCUGCUGGUGAUGCACUACGGCCCCAAGUGGCGCACCUUCCGCCGCCUGGUGCACCAGCAUCUGAUGGAGUCGAUGGUCGACAGCCAGCACCUGCCCAUCGUCAACGCCGAGGCCAUCCAGCUGGUGCGCGACUACAUGCUCGACCCGGCGCAUCACAUGGCCCACCCGAAGCGGUUUAGCAAUAGCAUCACGAAUUCAAUUGUAUUCGGCAUCCGCACGGCCGACCGCCACGGCAGCAACAUGAACCGGCUGUACACGUUGAUGGAGCAAUGGUCGGAGAUCAUGGAGACGGGGGCCACGCCGCCCGUGGACAUCUUCCCGUGGCUGAAGCGGCUGCCGGAGGCGCUGUUCGGCCACUACGUGACGCGGGCGCGGGCGAUCGGCGCGCAGAUGGAGACACUGUACGAGAACAUCCUGCAGCGGGUGGAGAAGCGCCGCGCCGGCGGGGUGCACCUGGACACCUUCAUGGACCGGGUGAUUGCGUCCCAGGACCGCAACCAGCUGCCGCGGCACCAGCUGGCCUUUAUCGGGGGCGUGCUGAUGGAAGGCGGGUCGGACACCAGCUCCAGCCUGACACUCGCCAUCGUGCAGGCCCUCACCCUGAACCCGGAGGUGCAGCGCAAAGCCCACGCCGAGAUCGACGCGGUCGUCGGCCACACCCGCUCCCCCGUCUGGGACGACCUCGCCCGGCUGCCGUACAUCAACAUGAUCAUCAAGGAGGGCCACCGGUGGCGGCCGAUCCUGCCGCUGUGCUUUCCGCAUGCCCUGGGCCAGGAUGAUUGGGUGGACGGCAAGUUGCUGCCCAAGGGGACGAUGGUCGUCGUCAACACUUGGGGGAUGCAUAUGGAUCCGGACCAUCGGCUGAACCAGAAGUAUGAUCCUGCGAAGUUCGUGCCCGAGCGGUUCGCGGAGCAUCCUGCGCUGGCGCCGGAGUAUGUGCCGGGUGCGUGGGAGAAUCGCGAUCACUAUGGGUAUGGGGUUAGUCGGCGGAUCUGUCCGGGGAUUCACCUGGCGGAACGCAAUAUGUUUCUGGCGAUUGCGAAGCUGCUGUGGGCGUUUGAGUUCCAGCCGGGUAGUGAGGGGGAGACGUGUGAUAGCGACCCGGUGACGGGGUAUCAACAUGGCUUUCUGUACUGUGCUAAGCCCUACGGCACUCGACCGGUGCUUCGCAGUGAGAGUAUACGGGAGACGGUCGAGCGCGAGUUUGCCCUGGCACAACGGGAGGUGUUUUCGACAUUCACGGAGGGGUGA